GGGGUGGCGCAGACGGGAUGCAGGCUGCGAAAGAGGGAGAGGGGUGGGAUUGGGCGGGGGUCGAGGGUCAGUGGAGGCGGUGUGUAUGUUGGCUGGAUUAUCGAGAUCUCGUCGCCAACAACGCCCGAAAGAUCCGCCGCCGCUUUGAGGACCCGGCGCUCUGCGAGGUGAUGCGCAUCAUCCCCCUGACGCUGCGAAUCACAUCCUACUCGGCCGCGCCGCCCGAGUGGCCUGGGAGGCCGACCAUACACAUCGAGGGUGGCCUCGCGGGGCAGUCAAACGACCUGUCGGACGCGCGCAGGGUGCACGGCAAAGUGGAGAUGGUGGGGAACGGGGACAUACGAUGGAGCCUGUGCUCGGAGAGGGAGGACGGGGACGGCGAGUGGCAGUCGGAGGGCGUGCAGCUGGGCGGGCUCGGCUCGGCGACGGGCGUGAUCGGGAUGUGGACGGGCGCGGAUCACGAGCGCAUGGAUCCUCUGGGUCCCUUUUGGGCAUGGAAAGUCGGACACGCGGAUAUCUCCGAUGAAGCGACGACGGUCGAGGUGUGGGAAGACUUGUCGGGGGCGUAGCAGAUGCCUUCUCCCAUGAUGCUCGGACUCGCGAUGUUCGAGGCACACGGUCGUCUAUCUAUAGAGCUGUUCUGGAUAUUCACG